CAAUUUUAAAUAUGUAUUUCAUAAAUAUGUACCUAUGCAUAAAAGGAAACAUUGUAAUAGUUUUCUAAGUAUCUUUUCGUCUAUCAAAACCACGCUGUCAUAAAUUGUUUUCUCGAUUAAUAACGCAUCAUGAAGCGUAUCUAGCGAAGCAUGUAAACCACGUUGAUAAGAUAAUUGCAGUUGCAUUCCAUUCUGAUUAAACGAGAAAAUAUUGACGAUAAAAGCACGUGCUGCAUAAAAAACCUUAUAGAAAGGAAUGAGAAAUAAUCUGCAUUAAUACGUCAUCCUUAAGAUAUAGCGAUUAUAUCUCGUAUAAAAUACGGUUCACAAAAUAAUUUGCAAAAUAUGUACUUAUACCUACACCUACCAUGAAGUACUUCUUAUUCUUUUUCGGUUUAACACUGAUCUGUAGAAGAGGAUGGACUUUUAUAUUGGCGGACAAACGAAUUUUUUACCAAAAUUGCGAAAUUUUUAAUAACGUAGAUUUGUAUGAUGGUCCAGUUUGUGGUAGUGAUGGCAUUACUUAUGCCAACGGUUUAUACCUAGACUGCGUUAACUAUCAGACAUUUCAGAACGUGAUACCCAUGCAUUCUGGAUAUUGUUUACCGGUGGAUGAUUACUGCAAGAUAAAUCUGUUUUAUCGGCCGAUCUGUGGAUCGGAUGGGCACACGUACACGAACCUGGAAUCACUUUCAUGCGUUAAUUACAAACGUUCGCAGAAUAUAACAGUAGCUUUGAGCGGUCCUUGCAAAGUUAUGGAUCGCUGUUAUAGUUACAAGACCUUAUCGUACGGUUCCAACCCCGUCUGCGCGAAUAAUGGUUUGACCUAUGGAAACGAGGCUCAGGUGAACUGUCUGCGACAGAUUAACGUUGAUCUGAAGAUUCUUCAUAACGGUAGUUGCACGGUUAGGGAGGUUUAUGACAUUUAUGACAGCGUCGAAAAGAUCUGUGACAUUGCCAAUAGUAGGUUCGAAUGGAAUCCAGUGUGCGCUUCAGAUGGCGUUACCUAUCAUAAUCCUUUUAAGUUUUUGUGUUACAAAGCUCGUGAUUUGAAGACGUUGUUAUCGGAUAACGAAUGCCAGAAGAACACGCAGCUCUCGUGUGCUCAUCUCAAAUCCUCUGCUAAGACCUUCGGUGCAAAGGACGAGGUUUGCGGAAACGAUGGCGUUACCUACAAAAGUAUCCAUCACUUACAAUGCCACAACAAUCAAAAUAAAUGUCAGUGCUGUCUUGGGAAGACCUUAUUUAGCUAGACUACUUGAGUCUAUUAUCAAAUAUUCAAUGUUUCUCCUUAAUUGUCUAUGGCAGCGAUUUUCAAUCUUUUACAUCUCGUAACACGCUUCAAGACAAGGUAUUGACAGCCGGACGUCUUGUAUUUGACAGUCUAAAGUCUAAAGGAAAGCAGGCCAUUGCACCUGUCUAAAUCAGGUACUGCUUGUUCUAGAACUUUUUGUGGCACGCUGGUUGAAAAUCACUGCUUUGUCAUAUCCAAUUAAAAGUAGUACACGCUUGUUCGUACGUUUCAUUAUUUAACAGAAAUUUCUAAUAAAAGCGCUAUGAACUUUUCAAAUAACUUGAUACAAUGAACGAUUAAUUGUUUAAAACUUUUGUCACUUUUGCGAGAUAUAUACUUGUACCAAACAUUUUGUAGCUUCUAUACAUACAUUCUCAGGUUUGUUUCAAACUUUACCAGCGUAAUCACGAUAGUUGUAUCUCACUACGCUGGCGAUUAAUUUUCAAAACGUUUUACAAAACACGUAUAAUAUACGCGCAAAAGAUUUCCAAGCAGACAAGCACUGUUACUUCAUUUUUCUUUCGCAGAUUUGUCCCUGAAGCAUUCUGGAGCCUGCGUCGACCCUGACGAUAACCCCUGCAGAUCCAUACCCGAGGAAAAUCUCCGAUUUCCGGUGUGUGGAAGCGAUAACUUGUCGUACCUGAGCCCAGAGGCUUUAUGGUGCGCGAAAUUGAGGUUUCCAAAUAAAAGUGAGCUAAUUUUGCUGGGCCUUUACAAACUUCAACCCCUAAAGGCUAUCAUGAGCGAAAUUUCAUAUGAAUUUUCUCCUUAUAUUACCAUCCCAUAAUGAGACCAUAUAAUUUUUCUAUUCUUUGCCUAAUAUCCAAUGAUACUAAAACGCUAAUUAAUUACUUACAUCUUCUCGAUUUUAUUGAUUCUUAAAACGGAAGGAAAAAGCAGACGAUUUUCUUCGAUGAUGGCUUUCAGGGGUUAAACCAGAAUAUUCAUUGCUCUGCGUUUUAAACUGACAUCAGCCAUCGAAGAAACCUCGUAAUUAUUUAUGAUACGAAACAUUCUUUUCAGCAGAUUUGACGCUUGUCUACGACGGACCUUGCUA